AUGCAGCUUGUUACAAAGCACUAUCCUCGUGCGCAGGAUAACAGGCUGCCGUAUUCGCACCCACUGCUGAAGGCCAGUCGACCUAAACUCUUGAAGGCGGCCGCUAUAAACUUCAUCAUCCUGCAGCUGCUCUUCUUUGCGCUCUUCUGCUACCUCUUUGGGUCAUUGUAUCAACAAGGGCCGCGUACCCAUAGCAUGAAGAUAGUUUGGGUAGACUAUGAUGGCGGUGUCAUCGGAGAGGCUGUGCGUAAUGCCUACAACUCACUGCGAUCUCAAACUUUCCCCACGCUAGUUGAGCGGCCAAGCUCCGAAUAUCCUUCAACGAAUUCGCUGUACGAAGCUGUUUGCAAUACGGAUUACUGGGCCGCGCUGUACACAGUAUCGGGGUCAUCUGUUAACCUAGGUCUCACCAUCGCAGGAUUAAACACAACACAAUACAACCAAUCAAAUGUACUUGCAUAUAUUUGGAACGAAGCCAGAUAUCCAACAAUCGUGGAUAGCGCCAUUUCCAGCAACAUGAACGCUCUGUCCAACGCAGCGCAAAUUGCAUAUAUCACUCUCAAUGGGACUGAGGCAUUGCCAACAAUCCCUCCGAACAACCCAGCUGCCCUCAGUGCUUUCACUAACCCUUGGGUCCUCUCAUCUAUCGAUAUCAAACCCACUGUACAAGGCUCACGCGCAGUAUACAACACCAUCGUCAUUGUGCUCAUCUUGCUGGAGGAUUUCUUUUUCCUGGCCACCGUCAACGGACUCUACGCACAAUUCAAAGUUUAUACCCGAGCUCUGCCGUCAAUCAUCAUUCUCAUACGUGAAAUGAUAUCCAUCACAUACACCAUGGUUGGUGCAAUGCUCAUUGCCGCGGCUAUAUGGGCCUUUAAAGCGGACUGGGAGGUGUCGGGAACACAGUUUGCCCUCACUUGGUUGACCUUGUGGCUGUUUGCGCACGUCAACUUUCUCAUGCUCGACGUUUUCACCAUUUGGAUACCUCCAGUCUAUGUGCCCAUGGCUCUGGUCACCUGGGUUAUAACCAACGUCACCUCAAUUAUUAUACCAUUCACCUUGUCAAACCCCUUCUACCGGGUGGGAUACGCUCUCCCUGCGCAUUCUGUCUACGAAGUCCUCAUAGAUAUCUGGUCUGGCGGCUGUAACCCCCAUUUGUACUUUGCUCUUCCCAUAUUGUUCUCCUAUGAGGUAGUGGGUACGAUCUUCACCUCUCUGGGGGUAUACAGGCGAUGUCAUAUGGCCGUCAUCGCAGAAGAGGCCGCAAUAGCGGCGGCAUCACUACGCAGGAGAGCAUCACUCAAAGCGGCACCGGAUCAGGAAAUGCGUUUCGUACCGGAAAGGCGAGAUUCAGAGCGCCCCCACACUGCGGAAAGCAUCGAGAGCCGCAUCUCAGAGGAGGAUAAUGGGCAACCUGCAGACUCGACUGCCGCGGAUAGUGAGGCCUUGGAGCGGGAACGGACGAGAAGGGAGGAGGAGGCCGAGCAGUCUGCCUUGGAAAUCCAAAGACUGGAAACCCGGGCGUCGCGCGCGUCAAACUUUCCUGCGUUUCGACUAUUGGGGUCUCAUGAUAGUGACGAUGACUGA